AUGAUUUUUAACAAUUUUGGUUAUCCGUUGGCAGUUAUCUCUGGACUAUGUGCAGCAUGUACUAGUCUAUAUAGCAAGUUAUUGAAUGUAAACAAGUAUCUUCUCAUCAUCUCAAGCUAUGGUGGUGCUGUUGUUCUGAAUGUUAUAAUGUGGCUGGCUUUUGUCACAGCGCUUAGCAUUGGUCGAAAAAGUGUUGUGAUAAUAG